AUGAGUCUUUCCAAAAGUGAAGUGGACGGACAACACAACCGAGUCGCGGCCGCCCCGCGCUCGGUGUGGACGCUCACUGCCGGCGCGCUAGGGAUCCGGGAAGGAGGAGGAAGAGGGAGGAGCCGCGAGUAUACACCCCGUGAGACCCUUGCGCAAGGGUGCAAACCUGGAUGGGAGCGCCCAGGAAGGUUGCGAUCACAAAGACACCUCUCCACCUCCCAGCUCCCCGAAGUCGGGGUUACCUGCUGCAGCCUCCGUGAGCCCCCACGGGCGGAGAGCUCCAGACGCCUCCAGGAGCCGCUGGUGGCCGCGUCCCCGAAGCCCGUCGCGCCAAGGCCAGAAGAGGGGAAGGUGUCUCGAGGCCGAAGCCAGGGCGACCGGCCCCAGAGCCCGCGGCUGCCGGGCUGCUGCAGCCGCCCUCGGCCGCCCCUGACUCACUGCGUCUGCACCAGCCGAGGGGCGGCGCAGGGGACGCUAGCCGACGCCUCCCCGCCUUUUCCAUUUCCCCUUUCUCUCCGUAAACAGAAAGAGGCUUCAGGGUUGCGGGGAAGCUGGAGCCCCCGCGCGGGGAAAUUCCGCGCCCCCCCCCCCCCGCGCCCGUCUCUGGCCGUCGGGGCACCUGGGCGGAGCCCAAGGCGGAGCUAG